UAACUUUCAAGGAUGCCAUUAGACAAUCCCCACUUCGCCAAUUAGCAGCCGCCGCUGGCUACUAUUUCCGAUUGCCCUCUUCUCUCCUUCCGUGGAAGCGAUCCAGCGAACGAAAUCGAGUUCGACGAGGAUUUCCAUGGUUUAAGAUGCUGGUUUUGUAGCCGGAUCGGGUAGACGAAUUUUUGCUUUCUGUCAAAGAUCGUAGCUUACUUUGUCCCCGGAUUCAUUGGCGGAUCUUGGAGAUCGAGGUUUUGGGUUCAGAAUGCAGCGGCAGAGCAGGUACGAGCGGCAGGGGUCGAUGAAAAGGGAGAAACGGGUCUUGGAGGAGGUGGAUGGCGAGAGCUUGUGCCCCGAGCCCAAGCGCGCCAAGGUGCCUGCGCUAGCGAGUGUGAUUGUUGAAGCAUUGAAAAUGGACAGUCUACAGAAAAUGUUUUCUUCAUUGGAGCCAAUUCUCCGUAGAGUUGUGAGUGAGGAAGUGGAACGAGCCUUAGCAAGACUAGGUCCUGCCAAAAUUGGUGGAAGGUCAUCACCUAAACGAAUUGAAGGACCUGAUGGGAGAAAUCUACAGCUCCAUUUGAGGACAAGAUUGUCAUUGCCCCUUUUUACUGGAGGAAAAGUAGAAGGGGAGCAGGGUGCUGCAAUUCAUGUGGUUUUACUAGAUGCAGACAGUGGUCAUGUUGUAGCAUCUGGACCUGAAUCAUCUGCGAAGCUCGAUGUUGUUGUACUCGAGGGUGAUUUUAACAAUGAGGAUGAUGAUCCUUGGACUGAAGAGGAUUUUGAUACCCAUGUAGUCAAAGAGAGAGAAGGGAAAAGACCAAUUUUGACAGGAGAUUUGGUUGUCUCAUUGAAAGAAGGUGUAGGAACUCUUGGCGAACUUACAUUUACUGACAAUUCAAGUUGGAUAAGGAGUAGAAAAUUUAGGCUUGGCCUGAAGAUUGCCUCAGGUUUCUGUGAGGGCAUUCGCAUCCGUGAAGCAAAAACAGAAGCUUUCACAGUUAAGGAUCACAGAGGAGAAUUGUACAAAAAACAUUAUCCACCUGCCUUGAAUGAUGAAGUUUGGAGAUUGGAAAAGAUUGGGAAGGAUGGUUCAUUUCACAAGAGGUUGAAUAAGCAAGGAAUAUUUAAAGUUGAAGAUUUCCUCAAAUUUGUCAUUAGAGAUCCCCAAAAAUUGCGUAAGAUUCUCGGAAGUGGUAUGUCCAACAAGAUGUGGGAGAUCCUUGUGGAGCAUGCCAAGACUUGUGUCUUAAGUGGAAAGUACUAUGUAUACUAUUCUGAAGACUCAAGAGAUAUUGGAGCAAUCUUCAACAACAUUUAUGAAUUUUGUGGCCUUAUUGCUGAUGAACAAUUCUAUUCUGCUGAAAACCUUAAUGACAAUCAGAAGGUCUUUGCAGAUGUACUUGUCAAGAAAGCAUAUGAUAAUUGGAUGCAUGUCAUAGAAUAUGAUGGUGAGGCUCUUUUAAACUUUACCAAACACAAGAAAACAAUUGCUGCAGGGAACGAAGCAUCAUCAGCUUCACCAAAUCAUCCUUCAAAUGGCAAUCAAAUCUCUCAAACAAAUCUGCAAGCUUCAGUUCCUUUGGAGCAGCCUUUGGUCGACAUAGAAGCAACAAGAGAAGGAGUACCCUUAUCAGGAAGCUAUAAUGGAUCCGAAGUUGCUUCAUACUUGAAUAAUCGUCAAACUCAAAGGGCGGCAUCCGGUUCACAUAUGCAAUUCAAGAGCCCUAGUUUGAUGCCACAGAAUGAGUUGAUUGGCCCUGCCCCACAGGCUCUAGACAUGAAAAAUGACAGUGUAGCUCUAGCCCUGGCUCCACCACAGCAAGCAAGCAUGGGAGGCCAGUUAUGGAGCCAAUCCAUACAUAACUCAAACAUGGGAUUGCAUGAUGAUUGGUCUAAUCAGCGGGACAGCCGUGAUGGUAUGGACAACUUCUUCUCUGAAGAAGAUAUUCGCUUAAGAAGCCAUGAACUGCUAGAGAACGAUGAUAUGCAAAAUUUGCUCCGUGUCAUCACCAUGGGUGGAGCUUCGGCCAGUCUCCCUGAAGAUGUAUAUCCCUUUCCUUCUUUUAUGGCCUCACCAUGUCCUAACUUCAACUUCGACGAAGAAAGGAGCCGGUCGUCCGGUAAAGCAGUUGUCGGUUGGCUCAAGAUCAAGGCAGCCAUGAGGUGGGGUAUUUUUGUCAGGAAAAAAGCAGCUGAGAGAAGAGCUGCUCAGCUUGUUGAAUUGUAAGAUUACUGAUGUAUAUGAAUUGCAAACGGUUAUUUUAUUGUGUUGUGGCUGAUGAAACAGAAGGUCUUUUAAGUUGUUUUCGCAUUUGUAUUUGAGAGUGUACUGCUGCAAAAUGGGAUUUUGGAGCUGGAUGUCUAAAGGACACUGCAAGUCUCACAUUAUGUAGCAAAUCAAUUGCUUCGGUUGCCUCCAACUUAUCUUUUUAGUUAAA